AUGUAUACUGUGCCAGUGGCCCAGGGCCUGAUUCCUCAGGAGUUCGAUCCAGCUGCAAAUUUCUGCAACUAUUACUUCCUUCGACUCUGCAUUGGAACCGGAAACUUAUUUUUGCAGCUCCAAGAGUCAGAUCAGUGGCUUACGGUUUUUGGAUCAAUCUAUUGGGAUGAGUACGAGACAUGCAAAAACGAUGCCGAUUACGGUAAUACGACACUGGUCUGCGAUCCAUCACAUCGACUUGCUAACUCGACGACGGAAAAGUUGACAGAUAUGUUGCGGAAGUUACAGUCACGUAUUGGAUGCGAAUGUGUGGAUGGCUGUCGCCGUGCCGACGGUCGUGACAACUUCAUCGGCUUACUUCAUGUGACGAACACGAAGAAUACGGACGACUUGAAAGCUGAUAUGGAAAGAGAGUAUGCAGCGGCAAAACUCGGAAAUGUCACUUGUGAUCAUGGGUUACUCCUUGUCUACCUCAAAGACUCACAAAAGAAACAUUGA